CCCCAUACUCAGAGACUGAUUCUCAUCUCCCUAUCUCCCAAGUGCUGGGAUUAAAUGCAUACACUACCAUAACCAACCUGGAAACAUGUUUUCUAAGGGGAAUUCACUCGGUUGCAUCAUAGCUGCUGGCCAGUGAGGAACAGGUCCAAAUUUGGGUCAUUGGAAGCAGAAGCUGCAAACAGGGUAGGUGGAGAUUUUGUAGUCCUGAGCUCGGAAGAGGACAGUGAGUGCUCCAUCCCAACCACAGAGCCAUCUGGUUUAUACCAGAAAGAGGAUUAGGUAAUACAUUCAGUGCUUACGCUUCACUGUGCAAUCUAGAUGAUAAAAAGUUAGGAGAUUUAACCACGUUAAUUUUAAUAGUGAGCGUGUGAGAGCAUUCCAUUCCCCUACUUUUCAGGUUCCAAAAGCCUCUAGGAUUCAACCCCAUAUUGUGGACAUAUGAAACUGGUACCAAUUAUCUUGACAGUAACACUCAAACCUAAGUGUGGUAGGGCAGACAUGAGGGAGGAUCCUUUGUUCCGUUAUAAAGGAUAUAUUUCAAAGGCGGUGAGAUACAUUGAGAAACAUUUCCUGUGGAAACUCAGAGGUCUUUUGUAUCUCAGGUUUCUUUUUAAAACGAAGCUUGCAGCUCGAAGUUUAUGGCCUCACCAAAAGAAGCUUCAAAUCCCAAAGGUGAGAUAACUCUCACCUGAAGCCCGUGUGUCUUUCUACCCUCUGGCUGGGAACAAUCACCUGAGAAUGAUUCCACCAGGUGGCUUCCAAGGUCCAACCUACUUGGUUGAAAUCUGACACUGACAGCGACUCCCUGGGAGCUGCUGCGGUUCGCUCAACAGGGAACCAGGAAAUGCGCAAACCUCUUUAUGUCUGAAAACCAGCUGGGCUCCCUGGGAGACACAUCCGCCAUGGGAAACAGGCUGUGCUGUGGGGGAAGCUGGAGCUGCCCAUCAACUUUCCAGAAGAAAAACAAAACAGGGAGCCAAGCACGGCCCACAUUGAGCAUAUUGAAACAGCAACAGCAACAGCUACAGCAGAAUGGUACAAAGGAUUGGGAAACAACAGGACCAAUGUAUGAGCAAGUGUUACCCCGGCCUGUAUAUCAAAAGAGAAGUUCUGACUCCACAUCCGAGGAGAGCCAUUUGCAUUAUGCGGACAUUCAUGUGCUCAGCCAAAUGCAGCCACACUCUGGCAAGGUGAAUCGCCUCCGUCUAGAAAAUGCUACAGAGUAUGCUGUCCUUCGCUUCCCCAAGGCCACACCUCGAUAUGACAGCAACAAUGGAACCUUGGUGUGAGCCCUUGGAAGGAAGUGCUGGUUUCCACAAUUUUACCGUUCUGUGGGGACAAUCUACUGUUUCUGGGAAUCUUAAAGAACAGCAGAACAUCUGGAAUUCUGGGUGCCCCUCUCUCUGCACUGUGAAUCUUUUGGUUUGCCACUGUUAAUGUGGAGUUGUGGUAAGGUUAUAGGUGAGCUGAGUUCCAAACAAAUAUUUAAGUGUACAAAACAGUCGUCCUUUGACCCCUAAUAUUAUUUGAAUUCUCAAAUGCAGCAAGAGCCCUCUAUGCACUUUGAAUGUCUCUUACAGGGAUUGUGUAAUGAUAUUUGGGGGGUUUUGUUUUAUUUUUGUUUUUUUUUUUGCUAUGUAACUGAGGAUGGUUUUGAAAUCCUGAUCUAUCCGGGUCUCCCACCUCCAGUCCUGGGAUUACAGACACGUGAUCACUGUGCUCGGCACAUCCCCUUUAUACACCUCUACUCCAAAACCGCAGAGGAAGCGCUCUGGAAAAGCUUCCUGAGCCCUUGACAGCCUCGGAACUGCUGUGGUCAAUUAAUCUAGCAGCUGGGCCAAGGGCUCCAGACCUUAGCACAGAGAUGGAAACAGGUAUUGAGUGACUGAUUCUAAAGUCUUCUCCAACCACCGGUCACAAGGCCUUCAAACUGCGGACACUAACAGCCUGGAGAAACUCUCCUUGCAAGGACUGUUAGAGCCAUUAGGAUCAAUAAAUGAAUAGUACUAAGAA